AUGGACGCCUCUGACGAGGCCCCGCCUGCGGUCAGCUCUCCGGCACCCGCCAUUCUUGAGGCCCAGCAGUCCUCGAAGAAGCGAUCACGGGAAGUGAGUGAAGAGGCGACCCCUCUCCCUGCGGCACCAUCUCCUGAGCCUGAGUCCAAGCGUCAAAAGACUGCACCGCCUUCUGGUCACGAGCCUGCAGUGGAAAUUAGCAAGGCGCUGGGAAACACAGUUACGCCAACAGCCGCAGAGGUACCAAAUAUAAAUAAGGCUACGUCAGGGCCCGCCUCGAACACGAACAACUCCAAAGGGCAAAAGAAGACGGGAGGCAAGAAUUCUGCCAAGACCUUUACAGACGAGACUGGCCAACAAUUCCUGCUGCCCACGGAUCCGAAGAUCCUUCGUAAGAAGCAGGCCGCUGACACGUGGCAUGAGCGGAUCACCAGAUGGAUCAAUGCUCUUGUAGAGCAGAACAGGGAUAAGGGGCCCCUCAUGACACCAGCACUCUGUAUUGAUAUGUUCGCGCAUGCCCAGAGCAAGGAGAAGGAAAGCAAGACGGCACUACACCGGAUCAAAAAGCUGCAGAAAGGGGGCAAGCUGGACACGAUGGUGGGCCUCGCGCUCGAGGCUGUGCAUGGACCGGGUGUUUCUGCCGCAGGAACAUCGCAGGAUCCCAUCUCAAUUGGUGAUGAUGGCGAGGCCGAAGAUGCAGAAGAAGACGGAGAGGACACGGGCAGUGGCGACGAGGAGACAGAUAACACGACACGCCCGUCGACAUCUGGUCCUUCUGGCGCAGCUUCUACCCAGGGCGACGACGACGCGAAACGACAAGAGUCGGCGCCAACAGCAAGCGAUUGGGCGUCACUGCUCGGGCCCGAAGCGGGGAGCGCCGCAGGGCAGAGCGCCGCAAAGGCCAAAGGCGACGACAACAGGAGCACACAGCACGACGAGCCAGAAGUGGCUGGGUACCGGCAAAUCAUGAGAGAAGACGAGGCCGAGAAGGAGCAGCAGCGGUAUUUUCCUGGCGCGACUGAGAUCUGCACGAUUUGCGCGGCCACUGGCCACACGUGCAUGGCCUGUCCAAACACUCUCUGCCAGUUCUGUCGGGGUGAUCACUUUUCGUGGAACUGCCCGGGACGAUCCAGGUGCGCCAAGUGCCGACAGUUUGGCCACACCAAGUCCAAGUGCAAGGAGAAGCUGGCCAUGGCGCUCGAGGAGGGCCUCGAGUGCGCUUUUUGCGGCGAGGGUGACCACCUGGAGAAUGCCUGCGACAACGUCUGGCACUCAUGCCACCUCCAGCCAGAGAGCUUGCACACGGUGCGUUACAUUGCGGCGUUCUGCAGCUACUGCGGGUGCGAGGGACAUUACUCGUCAGACUGCCCGGCGGGCGACCAGCAGCCGUUUCCGCAAAAGUGGACGGCGACUUGGUCGUUGAAAGACCGCGAUCUCUGUGUUGACGCGAACGCGACGGACGAGUCGAUCGCGCGGUUUGGCGUGGCGGCGGAGAGCAACGAUCCUGGCAUGCAUGUGAGGGGCGCGGCGGCGGCCGCCAAGCGAACGCACAUCUUCUACUCUGAUAGCGACGGGUCGGAGGAGGGCGAGUUCCUCAGCGAGAAGGUUAAGCCGCGGGCGGCACCAGGCCAGAUGCGCAUGUCGACCAACAUUCGGUUCAACUCGACCAUGCCGAGCACAGCCUUUGCGGGCCAGCCUCCCCUGCCGCCUGGACCCCCCCCGCCAGGCCCGCCACCGGGCAACCCUGGGUCGUACUCAAGAAUGGCAACGAGCUACGCCGCACAGUCGCACGCAUUACCACCGAGGCCACCAGCGCCGGGGCAGCCCCCCUCUGGGCCGGGCGCGCAGCGCGGUGGUUACCACAACGUCCCGCCUCCCAAGGGGCCGGCGGCGCAACCGAAGAACAAGGCGAAGGGCAAGAACAUACCGCAAAGCAACAAGAAGAGAGCCGCGAUGCAGCAGCAGCAGCAGCCCCAGUCACAGGGCUCGUCCCAACAACAGCACGGCUCGAGAGCAAACCAGCGAAGGGGUAACGGUACAAGUAGGAGACCCAGACGGGGCGGCAAAUAG